CAGAAACCGCAAACCCUUUCUUUUCCGCAGAAGAGGCAUUUUGCUUUUGCUUAGCGGACAGAAAGAAAGAAAAAUGGCGGCCAAUGGUGCAAGAAGAAUCCUACAAUUCUCUUUAGCUUCUGGGAAAACCCUUUUAACCGAUUCAACUGCGACUACAACAAGGAAUAAAAGUUGCUCUUUUACUUCAAAAGCUGCUAGCUUGAGUGGACCCUCCCCUAAGCCUUCCUCUGGUAGUCGAUUAUCCCGUCACAAGCUCAACUUCUCCAGGCUUCCUGUGGAGUUGGGUGGCGCACAAUCUUUGAUUCCAUUGCAUACUGUUACCGCCUCUGCCUUGUUCACCUCAUUGCUAUCGUUGCACAAUAACACCUGGGGAUGUCUAUCUGAAGGAUUUGCAACACCUCUAUAACAUGGCCUGUGGACUUCUAUUAUGGCUACCAGCAAGAUAAUCAGCAGGUGCAAUGUAGCAUGUUCUUUUUUUUUUUCAUAAUUAAACGAGACAUUUUGGAGUUUGUUUGAUGUUGUAUUCAUUGCAUGUCUGAGGAGGAGUCUUGAGUUUUGAAAGAAAUACAAAUUGCUGAGUAACUAGCAAAAUUGGCAAUUAGUUACAGUACACUUUGACCCAUUUAUAUUUUGCAUUUAACCUUCGUUGAAAUUGCUUAA